ACAUUUGCCUCUUCCCUUUAAAUCGUAAACAUGUCACAAUUCAAACCAAAUAAAAGGAGGAAAUUGUCCCCUCCAGAGGGUGAAGAUCAAGUUGCCGAGCGAUUAAACGGCGUGAAGAAACGGCGGUCAAAAGUCAACGAGGACGACUACGAUGUGGAACAAGCCUACGAACAUCGCGCAAAAAAAUUGAGAGGCAAAGAAUCGACUAGGCUGCCAAUUAGGACAUCUGAGGGCUGGAUACAACCAAAAGAAGACGAAGCAGCAGAAGCAAAUGACGAGGACAGCUUUCUGGAUAGUGGGGAUGAAGAGGGCAGAGAACCACCAACUAGCAAGGAAGACGACGAAAAUGAAGAGCAAAAGAUAUCACCGCGACAGCAGAUUUUAGAGGCGAAAGAAGAACUUGCUCGGCUAGCUGGAUUGAUCAAUGAAGAUCCUGAGGAGCAUCUUGCCUCUUUGAAAGGGCUAGCAAAAAUUGCUGAGUCUCAAAACCCAACAGUGAAGAAGCUGGCCUUAGCUACUCAAUGCGCUGUAUACAAGGAUAUAAUACCCGGAUACCGAAUACGGCCUUGGACUGAAGAAGACGUCUCGUCGAAGCUGUCGAAAGAAGUACGAAAGCUGCGAGCCUAUGAGCAAGCCUUGGUCACAGGCUAUCAGAAUUACGUGAAAGAACUUGAGCGAUUGGCGAAGGGUGUACAAGAUUAUGGCGAGAAAGAAGCAUCUCAAUUUGCUUCAGUUGCUAUUACUUGUGCCUGUACUCUAUUGAAAGAAGUGCCGCACUUCAACUUUCGUGGGGAUUUGAUCAAGAUUCUCGUCAACAAGUUAAGUCGCCGACAUAUCGACAACGAUUUCAAUCAAUGCAUUCAAGCCCUGCAAGAUUUGUUCGAGAAGGAUGAAGAAGGACACCCGUCAAUGGAUGCUGUAUCACAGCUCACAAAGAUGAUUAAGGCACGCAAUUAUGCCAUCCAUGAAAGCGUUUUAAAUACGUUCCUGCAUCUACGGCUACUCUCAGAGUUUCAGUAUAAGGCAUCCCACGAACGGGUUGACAAAUUGAACCCCGAAGAACAGAAAGCCAAACAAUCCAAGAAAGAUCGGCAGUUCCUUACAAAGAGGCAGCGGAAGCAGCUGAGGGAAAGGAAAGCACUGGACAAAGAGAUGAAAGAGGCAGAUGCUGUGGUCAGCCACGAAGAGCGCGAUAAAAUGCAGGCCGAGAUGCUAAAACUUGUGUUUGCAACGUAUUUCCGCAUUCUCAAGGCCCGCAGUUCAGCAUUGAUGGGCGCAGUCUUGGAGGGUCUCGCACGUUAUGCGCAUCUAAUUAAUCAAGAUUUCUUUGGAGAUAUUCUGGAGGCACUCAAGGACCUGAUCAACGGUAUGGAAACUCCAAGCGACGACAAACGCAACGAGAACGAGAAGGACAAUGAUGAUUACACGAAGCCCGUUCGUAAUGUUACACGCGAGUCGCUUCUCUGUACCAUCACGGCGUUUGCUCUUCUCGAAGGACAAGACGCUUCAAAAGCAGCUACCACUCUCCAUCUUGAUCUGAACUUCUUUAUCAAGCACCUCUACCAAACGCUACAUCCCGCAUCUCUCAACGCCGACAUUGAGCUAGGGCCCAAAUCUCUUCGUCUGGCAGAUCCUCUCAGCAGCAGGGAACGUUCUUCCCAACCUGCAACGAAGGUGAACGCCCAGACUACUGCUGUCCUGCUCAUCCGCAGUCUCUCGUCGGUGCUUCUGCCACCCACAGCGAUACGAAGUGUGCCGCCUGUACGCCUGGCGGCUUUCACCAAGCAACUUAUGACUGCUUCGCUACAACUUCCGGAGAAGUCGUGCUUGGCUAUGCUAAGCCUCUUGAGCAGCGUGUCGAAGGUCCAUGGGCGGAAGAUCGCGGCUCUUUGGAAUACAGAAGAAAGGAGGGGAGAUGGUGUGUUUGAUGCUGUGAGACCUGAGCUCGAGAGCAGUAAUCCGUUUGCGGCAACUGUAUGGGAAGGCGAGCUGUUGAAAUUUCAUUACUGCCAGAAGGUCAGGGAGCAAAUCCAGGUCGUAGAGAGAAACAUAAAAUCUUGUCAGUAGUGAUGAAUGACGAAAUAUCAAAGCUAUGUGG